UGAACUUCCACCACACCUUGUAUUGUUUUUUCUGUCUUAUGUCAAACAAGUCAUGUGCGGCAUCUUUUGUUCUGUCAGCGCUAUAGAGCACGUAGUACCCUCGGAAAGGCACCGCGAGCUUCUGAAGAGACGAGGCCCUGACUCUUCCAAGGAGCUGAAACAACGAUCUGAAAAUCUUUACCUAUCCUGUUUCAGUACAGUCCUCGCUCUUAGAGGGGAUCACACUGUCAUCCAGCCUGUAGAGCAUACAGAUCACCCAAAUGCCUUCCUCUGUUGGAACGGUGAAGCUUGGAGACAUGGUGCCUCUGCUAUUGCGGGCAAUGAUUCUGAGGUCGUCUUUACUUCCAUCUCGAGCAUGCUGAGACAGGCUGAGCUCGAUACAUCCCCAGGUAGAGUCAUGCAAAAUGCACUGAACCUCAUUACCGGUCCUUAUGCCUUUGCCUAUUUCCAUCCUGAAUCAUAUACCCUAUUCUUUGGUAGGGAUCCUCUUGGACGCCGUUCCUUGAUGCACCGCGCUGAUGAACAUGGUAACUUCAUUCUGUCCACCAUCUCCGACUCCACCGAAUCAGGGUGGCAGGAAGUGGAAGCUGAUGGCGUCUACUCACUUAACCUCAAGUCUUUCCAUGAGUCGAUUCAGAGAAAGGAACCUUGCAUACCAACAUGCCUGCCUUACCUCAGUUCACCCAACUCUGUCAUUUCGACGUCGACAGCUCCUGAGUCGUCUGUUCCUCGGCUCACUACCUCUUCUCCUGCUGUUUCGAGGAUCGAAAGCUUACUCCGUGACUCGCUGAAGCUACGCAUCUCAAACAUUCCAGGCCAUCCUCAUAGCAAGUCACCGCGCCUGCCAGCAAGCCUCGCCGUUCUCUUCUCCGGCGGACUGGACUGCACCCUCCUGGCCCGACUAUCAAAUGAUAUCCUUGAGCCUACACAACCCAUCGAUCUCCUCAACGUCGCUUUUGAGAACCCUCGAGUACAUCGUCGACCUGCCGACGCGGAUCUUAACGAAACGUGGUCACCAUACGAGCUUUGUCCAGACCGCGUAACGGGACGCGCCUCAUUUGCUGAACUUCAACUUGCCUGUCCUGGUCGGCUCUGGAGGUUCAUCGCCAUCAAUGUUCCGUAUCAUGAGUUUUCUGCUCAUCGAUCGGAAGUCAUCAGCUUGAUCCAUCCUCACAACACCGAGAUGGAUCUAAGCAUUGCCUCUGCUCUCUAUUUUGCCUCUAGAGGGCAAGGAAUGAUAUCAUCAAACGAGGGAGAAUCAUGUUUGUUCACUUCAGAAGCACGUGUGCUGCUCUCUGGCCUAGGCGCUGACGAGUUGUUCGGUGGCUACACUCGACACGACACUGCGUUUCGUCGACAAGGAUUCUCCGGUCUCUUAGAUGAGCUAAACCUUGAUGUUGACAGGCUAGGCAAACGUAAUCUCGGUCGUGAUGAUCGUGUGCUGUCCAACUGGGCAAGAGAGACUAGGUUCCCCUUCCUUGAUGAGGAUCUUGUGCAGUGGGCCGUCAAUGCGCCUGUUUGGGAUAGAUGUGGAUUUGGCGAGAGUAAGGAAGGCGAAGAACGUGAGACUUCCUCUCUGGAGCCCGCGAAGAAGAUACUACGUUGCCUUGCUUGGAAACUUGGGAUGAAAAAUGUCGCUGCAGAGAAGAAGCGAGCAAUCCAAUUCGGCGCUCGUACAGCCAAGAUGGAAGUUGGUCGGUCGAAAGGCACCCACGCCAUCAGUUGAAAGUUGUCUGUGAGGACCUCCUACAGAAGCACGCAUCUAUACAUCAUUUAUCCUUUCUGGUCUCAUUGAGAUCUGGAUUAUAGUACUCGGGGUAUGAUCCCUUGUAUCCUAACAAGCCUCCACCAAUCCAUCGACCAACUACGACUCCCAAACCAUACGUCAUAUACUGCAUCAACCAUGUCGGACCAAUGUCCCAAGCCAAGCUCACUUCGGCCGAGUCCAGGAACAACAAAAGCUGAGGCAAGCUUGGAGUAGUCUUUUGUGGUUUCUGAUGAUAGAGGAGAAGUCUCGGCUGAGAUCUCAAUGACACAAGGGCCCUUGUGUGACGGAUCCGGAGCGAAGGUGUGAG